AUGUCUCCCAUUGCGCUCGAAAAGGAAGACCAUUCUCGCGAUGCCGAGUUCAACAAGGCCAUGCACGGCAAGUCUGCAAAGGCUCGCGGUGGCAUGACUGCCAUGUUGCAAAAGGACAAGGCUGCCCAGCAAGCCGCUGUCGACGAGUACUUCAAGCAUUGGGACAACAAGGCCGCUGGCGACGAGACCGAGGAGACCCGCAAGGAACGACGAGAUGAAUACGCUACCCUCACAAGACACUACUACAACCUCGCAACCGACCUGUACGAGUACGGCUGGGGACAGUCUUUCCACUUCGCCCGCUACGCAUAUGGCGAGUCUUUCUACAAGGCCAUUGCCCGCCACGAGCACUACCUCGCCCACAAGAUGAACCUCCAGGACAACAUGCGCGUCUUGGAUGUUGGCUGCGGUGUCGGUGGACCCGCCCGUGAGAUUGUCAAGUUCGCCGGUGUCAACGUCGUUGGAUUGAACAACAACGACUACCAGAUUGAGCGUGCCACUGCCUACGCUGAGAAGGAGGGUCUAUCAGACAAGCUCAAGUUCACCAAGGGUGACUUCAUGCAAAUGUCUUUCCCCGACAACUCUUUCGAUGCCGUCUACGCCAUCGAGGCCACUGUCCACGCACCGUCGCUCGAGGGCAUCUACAGCGAGAUCUUCCGCGUUCUCAAGCCCGGCGGUGUCUUCGGUGUUUACGAGUGGCUCAUGACCGACAAGUAUGACAACGACAACCCCCACCACCGCGAGAUUCGUCUCGGAAUCGAGAUCGGUGACGGUAUCUCGAACAUGGAGAAGAUUGAGGUCGCGCUCGAUGCCAUGAAGAAGGCCGGCUUCGUGAUGGAGCACAACGAGGAUCUGGCAGACAGGGACGACCCAUACCCAUGGUACUGGCCACUCUCUGGCCAGCUGAAGUACAUCAGCACCAUUGGCGACAUCCCCACCAUCCUUCGCAUGACCAAGGUCGGACGUGGCCUCAUCCACAAGUUCGUCGGUGGUCUUGAGAUGAUCGGUCUCGCUCCCAGGGGUACCCAAAAGACUGCCGACAGUCUUGCCCUCGCAGCCGACUGCCUUGUUGCUGGUGGCAGGGAGAAGCUCUUCACACCCAUGUACCUCAUGGUUGGCAGGAAACCCGCCGACGCAUAA